AUGGAAGAUAUAAAAUUUCAAAAUGCUCUUAGCAAAGCUGUACCAAUUAAUGGUUGGUUAAAACGAUUACUUCCACAUGAACUAGCUUUAUAUAAUUCAGGCGAAUUACAAAAUAUUACACAUCAUGGUUCAUCUUCAAUGUGGUUAGAAACUCCUUCUUCUUCUCCACCUCCCGGACGAACAAAUGUCUAUCGACCAAUGGGAGAUAUUGAAAUUUUAUAUUUAGUAGAACAUAGACAACUACCUGAUACUCAACCAUAUCAAGCAAUUAUUGAAGGUGAAAAUGGUAGAUUAUAUGCUAAUAAAUAUUUAACUGGAGCAAAAUGGACAAGUACUAGUCCAACAACAAUUGUAGAAUUUUGUGCACCAAUUGAAUUAAUUGAAACAUUAAAACAAAAACAAAUGAAAGUUGAAGAUGGAGCUUUAUCAAUGGGACUUGGAGAUAAAGCUGGAAAAGGUCUUCCUAUUUUUAAUGAAAGUAUCAGAAAUGGAGAUACAACUUUUAGAAUUGUAAAAAUUAAGAGAAACAAAGAGAAACAAGAUAAAUAA